UUAAAACAACUGAUCAAUUGUAUUAUAGUCAGUAUAUUUACUGCGCAUCCAACCACAUUCUCGAAAGGCAUUCUGCUUAAGGAUGAGUACGUUUGCACUUGUAAGAUAGAUAGAUAGAUAAAUGUAUUUUGCUUGACAGCAAAAUCUAUAGAUUAAACAAAGUACAGGACUCAAAAUGACUAAAACCGAUACGGAAUAUCAACCUUUGCUUGAAGGUAUCACAGAAACAAAACAUAAAAUUAAGUGUCCUAACACAUCCCUUCUACUGGCAAUUUGUGCAGCUUGCAUCGGAGGAACCUUUCAAUAUGGUUAUAAUAUUUCGAUCAUCAAUUCCCCCACCAAGUCUGUGCAGAAUUUCAUCAACCAAACCUGGCUGGAGCGCUAUGAAGAGAACAUCUCAGAGCAAUACCUCACUCUACUGUGGUCCAGCAUCGUGUCCAUUUUCACAAUAGGUGGAUUUAUUGGAGCGACUAUUGGUGGAACACUGGCUAUUAAAUUUGGGAGAAAAGGGACACUGCUGAUGAACAAUGCAUUUGCCUUACUGGCUGCUCUGUUGAUGGGCCUGAGCUAUCCCACUGGAUUAUUUGAACUGCUCAUAAUUGGACGAUUUUUCAUUGGAGUAAAUGCGGGCAUUGGCAUAUGCGUUCAGCCACUGUAUCUGGGAGAAAUCGCCCCAAGGGCACUUCGUGGCGCCAUGGCGAUGGGGACCUCUAUUUUCAUCACUGGGGGCAUCCUUACUGGACAGGUGAUUGGGCUUAAUGAGCUCCUGGGUAAAGAAGAGUACUGGCCCAUCCUACUCUCCACCACCUGUAUCCCAGCGUUCCUGCAGCUCCUCAUACUACCCUGGUUCCCAGAGAGCCCUCGCUACCUGCUGAUCGACAGAGGGGAUGACGUUGGAUGUGGAACCGCGAUGAAGCAACUCCACGGCACAGAUAACUUUGACCGCGAGCGGGAGGACAUGGAGAGGGAGAGGAUCAGCGCUAUGGGGAUCAAACCCAAAAAGCCCUGGGAGCUGUUCAUGGACCGCAGCCUCCGCUGGCAAGUCCUCACCAUCAUCCUGAUCAAUGCCGCCCAGCAGCUCAACGGCAUCAAUGCUAUUUAUUUCUAUACAGAUUAUGUGUUUGAGGAGGCUGGAAUUCCAGAGGUUAACAUACCCUACGUAACUGUGGGCACAGGAGCCUGUGAAUGCCUCACUGCCCUUACCUGUGGCAUGCUGAUCGAAUCUCUGGGACGAAAAGUGCUUAUCAUUGGAGGGUACACCCUUAUGGCUUUCUGGUGUAUUUGCUUCACUCUGACCCUCACCUUCCAAGGAGCAGGCCCAUGGAUACCUUAUCUUAGUAUGGGAUGUGUCUUUGCUUUCAUACUGAGCUUUGGCAUGGGACCAGGUGGUGUGACAAAUAUCUUGAUCACAGAGUUAUUCACACAAACCACACGGCCUGCUGCAUACAUGAUCGGAGGGUCCGUGAACUGGCUCAGCUUCUUCUUCAUUGGCAUGGCGUUUCCAUUUAUUGUGACUAAGUUGCAGCAGUAUUGUUUCCUGGUGUUCUUGGUUGUUUGUGUCUUGGUGGCUGUAUACAUAUUCCUGGUAGUCCCCGAGACGAAGAACAAAACCUUCCUGGAGAUCCAAACAGAGUUCCAGUCUGGAGAAAAGAGGAAGGCUUCCAAAGCUGACCACAGCCCAAGGACAACGUUGUUGUCAACCCCUCUGUGAAACAGAGCUACAGUGUUUGCUGCAGGGACUUGUCAAAUGUGUACCACACUAUGAAUAUCUCCCUGUCAUUUGGAUUUUUUUCAAGUUCCAGAAUGUUCAGUCUUUGUCAGGGAUCGUGAUUUUGAAGAGUAGACAUUAUGAUAAUGGAACACAGGAAACAACAUUUGGUGCUGUUAAUGUUACUGUUAAGUCCUGAUCCACAACAUAUUGGAUCCAUUUUUACAAAUAUACUAAUGAUUUAAGGCUCAGUAGUUUAACAUACUGGUCAUAUGGUAUUAGCUGCUCAGGAUUACAUUAUAAUAAUUUUACUGGAAAAUGUGUUGACAUUUGAUCCAUAUCUGUAUCUGCCAACAUCUGUCAAUUUACCUAUUGAAUUAAUAAAAUACAUUUUGAGAUGA